AUGGGCGUUCGGUACGAUAGAUACUUGGGCGAUCUGAGGACAUUCGACCCACGGACCUUCCGAUCCGUGACACGAGAGCCUCUGCUCAUGAACUGGGUUAACCUGAAGCAGCGACGAGAUGAGUCUGUGGCUGACUUCGCUGAGUAUGCUCAUACCAAGGACACGUCACGUGGUGAACCGACGCGUCCUAAGGAUAUUUCUGAUAUUGGUCCAAUUUCCACUGUGACUAUAGCGCCUACUCCGAAGCCAGCUGGUGAGGCUACUUCGUUCUCGCCUUCUACGACUCGGACAAUGAUAUGUUACAAGUGUCGACGAGAAGGGCAUAUCUCUAAAAAUUGCCCUAUGCACAAUCUCGUAACUGACAGUGCGACCGAUCCUCUCAAAGCAGUGGGCUUUUACUAUGUGGAGCCUAUCCAAAUUUUCGACUCCAUGACAGUAGAUUUUAAGGCCGCAUCACCUGCCAAUGCGUUGGAUACUGGUGCGAAGCACAAGCUGAGUCCUAAGGCCAUCAUUGGUCUAGACGGUAUGAAGCGUCUAGGCACUGAGAUUAUCCUUGAUGAUAAGAUGAUGGUUCAGUUUUAG